GUCACCCCACCUGAUGUGCACGAACAGAAGAUGAAGAUGGAUCGUCAGGACAUUACUCGAGAAAUUCAACAGGUCCGAAAAGAAAUUCUGCAGUCUCUGGACAUCGAGCCAUUGCGGAAAGAACUGUCCCGCGUACAGUUUAACCUCGCUCAGUCCCAGGCUGCCCAGAGGGUCUUGGAAGACGAACGUAUGGCAGACAAGCAAGAGAUCAAGAACCUACAGGAGAUGCUUUCCAGGCAGACGGCUUCCUUAUCGGGUCAGCAACAUCGGAUCACCUCUUUGGAGCUCUUGGGAACGAACUUGACGCUACAGCGCUGCAGGACGGAUGGACAGGACACGGCACGUGAGUUGAGACUCGCUGAACUGGAGCUGCGCGUCAGGCGCGCAGACGCACGCGUAGAAGAUAGAGCGCGACGCGCGGAUGCGGUACGUCGAGCUGAAGAAGAAAUGACUCGUCUGCUGAGGACGGACGUCGCCAGAGUGGAAGAAAAGCUUCGAGAAGCGGAGGAGAGACAUCAAGAGACGAGACAGCAGCUGGAUAAGUUUGUCCGAAAUCUUCCAAAAGAUUGUUCAAUGAUGUCUGCUCCAGGCCCCGCCCUCAUACAGGUCCCAUCUCUAGGUCCUACCGAAGUCCAUUGCGAUCCACCUUGGCUCAUUUUCCAGCGUCGUUCGGAUGGAAGCGAAGACUUCUUUCGAGACUGGGCAGACUACCGUCGUGGCUUCGGCAAUCCCAGGAAGUCAGAGUUCUGGCUUGGCAACGAACUCUUGCAUCGUCUCACCAAGAAGGGGGCACGUCUGAGGGUGGAACUCUGGGACGUCCAGGACAGAUAUUUCGUGUCCGAGUACGAUACUUUCCACGUGGGUCCCGAAGAAGACAGGUAUGCCCUGCAGGUUGGCGGCCACAGAGGCAAUGUUAGCGACGCCCUCCGUCAUCACACUCAAAUGGGAUUCAGUACAAAGGAUAAGGACAAUGACGCCUCGAGCACACACUGUGCCCUCCACUACACCAGUGGAUGGUGGUAUCAACACUGCCACCGAGCUGACCUCAACGGUCGGUUCCCGCUUGGUGUGACUUGGUACGACGAGACGAAUCAUGAUUGGCUGCAACUGAAGAAGGUGGAGAUGAAGUUAGCGACAGCACCAAAUACUGUGUGAAUGUUAUGCAUCAGAGUGCUAGUGUCAGCACUGUCAUUUAGAAUGGGUUUUAUAAACUGGCUCGAAAACGAGAAUUGCUCAAUUACCAGGUGCUUUUGAGUAUCUCCAAAGAGAAAAGACAUUGGAACAUUGAAUAUACUUAUCAAUGACUACAUUUCUAAGCUGGUCAACUCCAGUAAUCACGUUCUACUGCAAAAAUGGUGAAAUAUUGUCUGUCCUUUUACAGCACACUGCUAAAGAAUAUCAACUACUAUUGUCCAUGUUUAGAAGAAUAUAGGUCAACGUUACUCGCAACAUUAAGUUUGACGCAAUGUUAAAGCGAGUUCAAGAUAAAUCACAGUGGCUGCUGAAACAUAAGAAAUGGCCCAGUACUUCCUGAUUUGUAUACUCAACGAAUUUCAGUUAAGUUAGUAAUGGGAAACUAAACUGGAGGCCUCUUGUCAGCAAUUGCGGUAAUUGUUUUUCAGUGCCGUUGAAUAACUCUACUUCAGUAAAUGCACAGUCAGCCUAGACCUUCCACUAGCUACUUCUCUGCACCAUCAACACGUCCUCUUGUUAUAUGUGAUCUAAUGCAGAACCUAAGACAAAUUAAACUGUCUUAUACACUCGUGUAAAAGUUGUAGACAGACUUGUACCUAAAUAAC